UUAGACAACUACCUAUACUUACAACCUAAAGCAAAUAUUUAAAAAAAAUACUUAUAAAGUGAAUUAUUGUAGUGUGAAAGAGGGGAUCAUAAUGUUCUUUUUGUUAGUAUUUCUUUUAGUUACAAUAUUGUUUUACUGGUUAUCAUGUAUUUAUUUCAAUCCGGGCGAUUUUCCGACUUAUCCUGGUGAACUUCCACUUAUUGGCCAUUUGCAUCUUCUACCAAGCAACAGUAUAGAGCUUUGGAAUCUUAUCAAACAAAUUGCGGAUGCUGGACUUAAAAUUGGAAAUGUUAUUUUGGUACGUUUUGGAUUCUUCCCAGUAUACGUAAUAACUGAUCCUGAUGACUGCUACAAGUUAGCAACUGGAACUUUUCAUAAACCCGAAAUAGUGAAGAAAUAUUCAAAGGACAUAAUGGGGAAUGGAUUGCUGUUUGGGCCUGUAUCUGUUUGGAAGAGUCACAGAAAAUUGUUAAACCCUUCGUUUAACCAAAAAGUUUUAGAUGGAUUUAUGAAUGAAUUUAAUGAACAAAGUAAAGUUCUUGUAAAAGAAUUAGAAAACGCAGUUGGGAAUACACCUAAAGAUCAUAGAUCAUCAUUUGAGAGAAGUGCAUUAAGAACUAUUUGUGCUACAACAGUAGGAGUGCACAUAAAUGGUAAUGAAAUAUAUAGUGACAAGUUUCUGGAAUCGUUUAAAGAUAUCCUUACCUUACUAACGAAAAGAUUUACAAGCAUUCACUACUUCUGCAAUUGGAUUUACGAGAGAACGAAGUUAAAGAAAGAGAUGGAUCAAUUACUAAAAUUUACUCACGACUUCACUGAAAAGAUGCUGCAGGUUAAGAGAAAUGAAAUUGCAAAUGCUCCUCGAGAAGAAAUAAAAUUCUUAGAUUCUCAUUACAAGCCAAUUAUAUACCAUCUCUUGGAAAACGAAAACAAAACCUUAAGUCUUGAAGAAAUAAAAGAUGAAAUUAACGUUAUAAUAUUAACAGGUUUUGAAACUAGUACCAAUCUGAUUAUAUUUGUUUUAUUAUUAGUUGGUACCUACCCGCAUGUACAGCAAAAAAUUUUUGAAGAACUAGAAGAAGUUUUUGGAGAUUCAGAUAGAGAUGUCACUAAAGCUGAUUUAUCAAAACUGGUUUACAUUGAUGCAGUUUUAAAAGAAACAUCUCGUUAUGUUCCAGUUGUUCCGCUCAUUGGCCGCGUGUCUACAGAAGAUGUACAGCUCAAAAACUGCGUAUUAAAAAAGGGAUACGUUUGCAUUUUAAUGUUAUACGCAAUACUACAUCAUCCUAUGUGGGGACCUGAUGCUGAUCAAUGGAUUCCAGAACGAUGGCUUGACCCUCAGCGUCUCCCAGCAAAUCCACACGCCUACGUACCGUUUAGUUUUGGUAAAAGAAAUUGUAUAGGUAAAACAUAUGCUUUCAUGUCAUUGAAAGUAACGUUGGCGCACUUCUUUCGUCGAUACAAGGUUUUCAGUAACUUUGCAAACGUAAAAUUGAAAAUGGAUUCAGUAGUAUUAAGGCCAUAUUCUGGAUACGAAUUUUGCAUUCAAUAUAGAAAUAAAUAAAAUACAACAUAAUAUAAUUUUUCAGUUUUACAUUUAAUGUUGUUUUAAUGAUCAUUUCCAAUUACGUUCGUUAAAAUAUAAAUAAAUUGA